AAAGAAGGAAAGAAAAACAUAAUAGGAAUUUAGGUAUGCAGAUAUGGAGAUCUGUUUCCUCUGCGUGGAUGGUACCAUACAAAGUCUGAACUGGGAAAGAAGAAAUAAGUGUGGCUGAGAGGGUGCAGUAAAUAAUUGUCCUAUGCCACAGCCAUUAGCAUUCACACACUCUCAGAUCUAUAUAUUAGGGCGUCGGUGUUCCAUUCCCAUUCCACAACAAUCUUCUUCUUCUUCUUCUUCUUCUUCUUCUUCUUCUGAUUCGAUUUCUUGAGAAUGUCGUUGGGUAGAUUGGAUUCGUGGAAGCAGCAGUACUACAGCACGAGCGGGGUGGUGGUGGGUUACGCACUGUGUUCGAGCCUUCUCGCCAUAAUCAACAAAUACGCCAUCACCAAAUUCAACUACCCAGGACUCUUAACGGCCCUCCAAUACCUCACCUCCGCGCUCGGCGUCUACGUCCUGGGGAAGCUAGGGAUUCUCCACCAUGACCCCUUCACAAUCCCCACCGCGAAGAAAUUCUUCCCCGCCGCCCUCGUCUUCUACCUCGCCAUCUUCACCAACACCAACCUCCUCCGCCACGCCAACGUCGAUACCUUCAUCGUCUUCCGUUCCCUCACCCCUCUCCUCGUUGCCCUCGCCGACACGGCCUUCCGUGGCCAGCCCUGCCCCUCCAACCUCACCUUCCUCUCCCUCCUCCUCAUCCUCGCCUCCGCCGUCGGCUACGUCGCCACCGACUCCGGCUUCACCCUCACCGCCUACUCAUGGGCCUUCGCCUACCUCAUCACCAUCACCACCGAGAUGGUCUACAUCAAACACAUGGUCAUGAACCUCGGUCUCAACACCUGGGGCUUCGUCUUGUAUAACAACCUGCUCUCCCUCAUGAUGGCGCCAUUCUUCUGGUUCCUCACCGGGGAGAAUGUCCAGGUUCUCGCCGCCCUUAGAUCCGGCAUCUUUGACCCUGCUGCCUUCUACGCUGUCUCAUUGUCUUGCCUCUUCGGAUUGCUCAUCAGUUUCUUUGGCUUCGCCGCUAGGAGGGCCGUUUCGGCCACGGCGUUCACCGUCACCGGUGUGGUCAACAAGUUCCUCACCGUGGCGAUCAACGUCCUCAUUUGGGAUAAGCACGCUAGCCCUGUUGGGUUGGUUUGUUUGCUUUUCACCAUUGUUGGAGGGGUUCUCUAUCAGCAGUCCGUUACUGGGCCUGUGAGUGCUCCGGUCCAGCCCAAGCAGUUGGAUAUCGAAAACAACAAAGGUGGUGGCAUUGGCGGCGGCGGCGAUGAUGAUGAUUUUGCAGGUGAGAGUGAUGGGAUGGGUAAGCUUAUCUCUAGAUGAGCAUUUGUACCACUUGUUUCGUGUUUAAGCUGCAUUGACUGUAUAAUUAUUGUCUUAUUUUAACAACGUUAGGGAAAUUUUAUGUAAUGUGAGAAAUUGUUUUCACAACGAUGUGGAAUUUCAAUUUUGCUUGCA